AUGGCGAAUAACACAACUAAUAACGGCUCGUUGGGAGUCCUUCUCUCCCCGCAAACGCCCCGAGAGAAGGGCAUACCGCUCAUCGCCAUGGCGAGCUCAUGGGCCGCGCUAGGACUUAUUUCAGCGACUUUUAAUUUAAUGGUAUGUUUGGCGGUGUACAAGGUAAAGAAACUACGCACUGUGACGAACUGUUUUGUAGUCAGUCUAAGCAUGGCGGAUCUUUUGGUCUCGGUAGUAUUCGUACCAGUUUACAUAAUCGAUCAUUAUGCCAAGACGAUCAUAUCAGGCUACUUAAUUGCAUUCAUGUUACUAGCGUCUAUAUUCAGUCUCGCAGCCGUUACCUACGAGCGCUACAUCGCCCUGACUAAGCCCUUUGGAUAUCGCAUGCUAAUGAGCCGACGUAAGGUAUCGGUGAUUAUUGGAACCGCUUGGAUGUUACCGCUGGUUCUUGCGUUGUUACCGCUGGCGUGGAAUACCAACGUGCAAAGUGUUUAUCACGAAGUUUACAAGAUCUCCCUGGUAGUGGUGUUCAUUUUGAUUCCGUGUAUAGUGAUGAUAUGGGUAUAUGUGCGACUACUCUGUGUCGUAAGACAUCACGUUCAUCGAAACCGUAAACGAGCAAGUGCAGGGAACAAAACAGGGAACCGUGUCGGACGGGAGGAGAAGGCGGCGCGCGUCUUCGCGCUUGUAUUUGCCAUGUUCUUGCUAUGCUGGGGGCCUAUUAUUUACAUCAACAUUUGUGAGGUCUUUGGAGCUGCUAAAAUUAUUACGACAGAACUUAUCUACGCCUCAUUUUAUACACUUCUUGCAAAUAGCAUAGUAGAUCCUGUAAUUUAUGCAUUUUUCAAGCGCGAUUUUAUUAGCGCUCGGAGACAGAUGAGACACUUGUCAUGGUGGUGUGUUGGGGGAGUAGCGGAAUAUGAUCAUACGAAUACAUCCGGGGAACAACAAGCGUUACACAGGCUGGUAUCGGCAAGACAUAGUAAUAGAUCACGCUCUAAGUCUCUCCCUGGUUUCUAAGUUUUAGAAGUUACGAGUAUAGCACAUGGCACAUAACACAUAGCACGGACUUGUAUCUGCAAGACAUAGUGUACUUAUCAAGGUCAAACUUCAUCGCUAGUGAGUAAGGCUAAGUCUUAGAAGGUACGAGUCCAGCAUAGCAAAGACCUUUGUCAGCAAGCCAUACUCCCUGACAAGGUCAAAGUCCACCCUGGUAUCUAAGUAUUAACAAACAAUUCUACACUCGUCAGUGAAGGCCUGGGAACGAAUUAGCAUGGAGUGGGAACAGCGCGGUUCAUUGCUGGUCAGCGGUUAGUACCAUGUGACAAGUAUAUCGAAUUUUCAACAUUUAAAGUUAUUUAUAAAUGACGUAAUAGGAAGUAACUCCGAAGGAGAGCACCACUCUCCCAAAAGUCUACUCUGGUUGGUCCAUUUCUUUGGCCUUCGCGCCAAACAUAGUGUUAUUAUUAUUGUUAAAGAGACGUAAAGCUUGGGCCGCCUUUGGUUUAGCUCCUUGCGCGAAUAGCUUUGAUCUUCAAUGGAAAUUUGCGCGCGCACUACAUCAUCCCAAAAAAGUUUCAGAUUCCAGAAUGACAAAAGACUAUAACCAAAUUGCAGUGUAUAUGUGAUCUGUAUACGAGUACAAGUAUACAGAUUUAACUUUACUUUAAAACAAGUAUUCAGAUUUAACUUUACUUUAAAACAAGUAUUCAGAUUCAACUUUAUAAGUAUAAACAUUUAACUUUACUUCGCCCCCCCCACACACACACACUCCACAAUGUUUUCAAAACUUUAAAAAAAAAUUAAUGUUUCUGAUCAUAUAUCUAUACGCUAAGAAAAAAGUGUGUGGCAUCUCUCACGGAGAAAAGAAGCAACUAGAAAACUCAAGAACCAUACGAAUGACAAUCCCUAGGUAAAAGGGGGUAUCGGGAACGGUUUCCACUUAUCAUAAGGCAAAGAGAAGCUGCAAUCACGGAAAUUAGGAUUCUUUGUCCAGCGAUUUCUUAAUAAAAUACACAAAAAUACAUCCCCAAU